AAUUUUUUUUUUUUUUGUGGUGGUGUUUUAAAGAAUGAUUUAGUGUUAAAAUGUUACGGGAAUACCAGAUACACAGCAGAAUCAUGCAUCAAAGGUUUUGUGUUUUUUUUUUUCUUUUUUUUUGUAUUUUGUUUUAUUAAAACUGCAAAACCCCAACAGUUAAUUUGAUCAACACAGACGCCUUCCGCGCUCAUAAAACGGUCAGCCUGUACUUUUUGACGGUUACGGUUCUGUUACAUUUAUGGCAGUGCGGCGACUGAGUAUACAGUAGCAGUGUGGAGUGGGCGGUGGAGCACGACAGUGGGCCUUUUCUCUUGCGUCAUUGUUGUCUAAUGCCCUUUAGUCCUUAAACUGGUUGGAACCUGCUGUAAGGGAGGAGCUCCUCCUGCCUUUAGCUUUGUACUUGUCCCUUUCCUUCUGCUUCUUUACUCUUGAUCUUCAACAGGAACUUUUUUUUUUUUUUAAGGACAUAGCCCAAGAUGUGAUUUAACUCACGUAACAAUUGCAAUCGCUUUCGCUCGGCCAUGCGGACGCCAGUCGCUAUCACGUGUGAGGCCAUUUCCUACCCUUUCAGGAGCUUAAUUGAGUCUCUUAAUGAUAGGGCCUGUCAGCCUCGUGUCUUCCUGUCACGAUGCCUGAUGAGUCAUCAGUUAACCACCCGAGAGUCAGCGUUCGUCCACGCCAUCGCCUCGGCCGGCGUGGCCUUUGCGGUGACGCGGGCCUGCGCCGACGGCUCCGCCACCAUCUGUGGCUGCGACACGCGUCACAAAGGGCCCCCCGGCGAGGGCUGGAAGUGGGGCGGCUGCAGCGAAGAUGUGGAUUUCGGUGGUAUGGUGUCCCGGGAGUUCGCCGACGCGAGGGAGAACCGUCCUGACGCGCGCUCGGCCAUGAAUCGCCAUAACAACGAAGCGGGACGGAUGUCUCUAAACGACAACAUUUUUCUGAAGUGUAAGUGCCACGGGCUGUCGGGCAGCUGCGAGGUGAAGACGUGCUGGUGGUCUCAGCCGGACUUCAGGGUCAUCGGUGACUACAUGAAGGACAAGUACGAUAGCGCCUCGGAGAUGGUGGUGGAGAAGCACAAGGAGUCGCGCGGCUGGGUGGAGACCCUGCGGCCCAGGUACAACUACUUCAAGCCCCCCACCGAGCGCGACCUGGUGUACUACGAGGGCUCGCCCAACUUCUGCGACCCCAACGCCGAGACGGGCUCGUUCGGCACCCGCGACCGCAUCUGCAACCUGACGUCGCACGGCAUCGACGGCUGCGACCUGCUUUGCUGCGGUCGCGGGCACAACACCCGGACGGAGAGGCGCAAAGAGAAGUGCCACUGCAUUUUCCACUGGUGCUGCUACGUCAGCUGUCAGGAGUGCGUCAAGGUCUACGAUGUGCACACCUGCAAAUAACACCCGCUUCUCCGUCUUGAAGCUUCAGACUUUGGACCGGACCCGCCGUCCGUCCGUGGGGUCCGGUGCCGGGACCUGACGAGCUGUUCUCGGAGGCCUGAGGAGUCGGCCCCCAUCUUCCGGAAGGCUUCUCGAGGAGAAUGUCAUGAGCUGUCGUGAUGCUGUUGAUGACAACCAGUUUUUCAUGGUGACCCGCAAAUGACCGUUUGGUAAAUGUCAAACACCACAUUGGUGUUUUUAUUUUAUUAUUUUUUAAUGUUGUCUUUGUCUUUUGUGUAGUUUAACUGAGAAGAUUACUACUUGGCGGUACAGCGAAUGAGCGGUUAGCACCUCGGCCUCGCAGUUCUGAUGUUCGGGGCUUUUUUAUUCUUUGCGUGGGUUUUCUCUGUGUACUCUGGCUCCCUGCCAGAUUCUGCCAACAUACAUUUUAGGUUUAUUAAAGACUCGGAAUUGUCCGUAGGCGAAAAUUUGA